UCCCCACCAUACUGUUAUAAACAAUAUAUUAUGUCUUCCGUCUUAUAAUUUGAGAAUUUUCUAGGUAAACCUAUUUUUAAUUCAGUGGAAUUAACUGCCGCACGGCUGCAAGCGUUAGUUGGCUCUGACUGAAGGUGAACUCGUCGGUCUGCUUCGUCUGCCCUAUACCCCGAGUCACAUGACUCUGAGGUUUUAUGAGGUUAGAAGCUGGGAGAGAAGCCUUAUAUCACUAGCACCACUACCCAGUGUUAACUUAAUAUGAAAGAACCCACAAACUUAUCUUUUCCUGGACUCACUGUGUCCAGUCUUUUUAAGGUUGAACAUAUUUGAAUGAUGCAAAGAAGAGAACAUAUCAACGCAUUUUAAGCAGCCUUUACAGAAUGCAUUCAACAUUCAGGGUGUGUACCGUGGGGGCGGAGCCAGGUGUUAGGGGAGGAGCCAGGUGUUAGGGGAGGAGAGGACGUCAUGUUGAGGAAAGGAAACUUAAGGUUCAUAGAGACCAAAGCCAACCGACGUGGAAGCAGUUCUCUCUUUCAGGAGAAACACAUUUUUGGAACAAAUAGUCUGACAGACAGUAACAACUAGGAAUGGCCUGUGCUAACACUUCAUGGUCUGAAGAGAACUUUUCAUGUUCCAUCUGUCUGGAUGUGUUCAUCAGUCCAGUUACCACCGCAUGUGGACACAACUUCUGUAGAACCUGUAUUACAAAGUUCUGGGAUGAACAAGUCCGGUACAAAUGUCCUGUUUGCAACAAGCUUUUCAACACAAGACCUGAACUACAGGUCAAUAUCUUCUUAUCAGAGCUUUUAGCUCAGUUUAGAACGUCCGUAGGAGUAAAAGAGCAGCCUUGUGUUGAACCAGCAGAAGUUCCCUGUGACGUCUGUACUGGGACCCAGCUGAAGGCUGUGAAGUCCUGCCUAGUGUGUUUUACCUCUUACUGCAAAACCCACCUGGAGCCCCAUCAGAGAGUCGGUCGCCUGCAGAAACAUCGGCUGGUCGAGCCUAUGGACCGUCUGGAAGAAAGGAUGUGUAAGAAACAUGACCGACUUCUGGAGCUCUUCUGCCAGACUGAACAGGUGUGUGUGUGUCAGUUCUGCACAGAGGCAGACCACAAGUCCCAUCCUGUUGUACCUCUAAAGGAGGAAUAUGAAGUGAAGACGGCCCAGCUGGGGAAGAUAGAGGCUGAAGUUCCACAGAUGAUCCAGGAGAGAAAACAAAAGAUUAAGGAGAUCAAAGACACAGUGGAACUGAGCAACAAAGACGCAGACAGAGAGAUAGCCCAAGGUGGGCAGGUCUUCACUGCUCUGAUUGGCUGUGUUGAAAAGGGCCGGGAUGAAUUCAACCAAACGGUUAAAGAGAAACUGAAAUCCACAGAGAAACAAGCUGAAGACCUCAUCAAAGAGCUGGAGCAGGAAAUAGAAGAUCUGACCAAUAGAAGCUCAGAGGUGAAGCGGCUCUCACACACUGUAGACCACCUCCACUUCCUCCAGACCUUCAGAUCCCUGAAGGAUCCUCCACCCACCAGGGACUGGACCACGGUGGAGGUCCGUCCUCCGUCAUACGUAGGGACCUUGAGGAGAUCCCUGGAUCAGCUGGAGGAGACACUGAACAUGGAGAUGAAGAAGCUGCCUGAUGAUGCUGAACUGAAGAGGGUCCAGCAGUAUGAAGUAGAUGUGACUCUGGAUCCUGAUACAGCUCAUCCCAAGCUCAUCCUGUCUGAGGAUGGGAAACAAGUACAUGAUGGAGGUGUGUGGAAGAAACUCCCAGACAACCCUAAGAGAUUUACAUACACUCCAUUUGUUCUCUCGAGGCAGAGCUUCUCCUCAGGGAGAUUUUACUUUGAGGUCCAGGUUAAAGACAAGACUGCAUGGGGGUUAGGAGUGGCCAGAGAGUCCAUCGACAGAAAAGGUCUGACAAAGCCGACCCCUGAGACGGGUUUAUGGACUCUUUGGUACAACAAUGAUGCGUUGUUAUUUUAUGAUGACCCUGUUGUCCAUCUCCCUCUGAGAGCUGAGCUCCAGAAGGUGGGGGUGUUUGUUGAUUAUGAUGAGGGUCUGCUCUCCUUCUAUGAUGUGGAAGCCAGGGUUCAUAUCUACUCUGCUACUGGCUGCACCUUCACUGAGCCUCUCUAUCCAAUCCUCUGUCCAUGGAUACAUGAAGAAGGUACAAACUCUGCCCCCCUGAUCAUCUCACCUGUCAAUCAAACAGACUAGGACCUUUGUUUGAUAAUAAAAUAAUCAAACGACCAAAACAACUAAUGUUGUUUCCUGAAUUUGAAUAGAAUUAGAAUCUCUACUACGUGAGAUCUGGGAGAUCUGCAUUAAUGUCAUACUGCUGUCAUUUAACGAGAAAAAUAUCUUUAAGAAUUAACCCUGCAGUUGUGUAACGUAACCCUUUAUAAAGGGUUAUAUUACACUCCAUUUAUGUGUCUGUUUUCCCUUGAUUUCUCUUACACGUCUAAGAUAUACAAUUUUUUGUAGUAAUGUAGAACAUGUUUAGAGGAUUAACAUGUAUGAAUAAUAAUUUGAAAAUGUAAUAUAUAUUUAAAUAUUGAAUGACAAAAAAAUCCAAUGUCUCACACUUGUGAUUUUAAUAAAAAAGAAAAGGUUCAAUAUUGUAAAGUGUGGCCUACAUUAUCAUGUUAUGGAUCAUUUCAGAGGAAUAGAUCGACUGUGUAGCCGCACCCAUUCUGCCGGCGAUGGAAGAACAAUACAUUUCUUGCUGCUUCCGAUACGUUUUUGCCACGUUAAGACCAACGUGCAAACUACGAUUGAGCUUGAUCUGGCAAUAGCCAGGCUAGGGAAUAGAUACAUUCCAGUCCAAUAGUGUUCAGUAUAAAUGCUGUUUCUGUAAUAAAAGAAGAAAAAAAAAAGUACUUCUAAAACCCUUAUUUUGAUUAUUUCGAGAUUGAUGGAACGUAUUAAAUCAUUGAAGAAGUGUAAAAGUUACAACAACCCAACAUGUGUUACACACUUACAGAAAGGUCACAGUGACUACAUGUAAAGAUUCUCCCCAUCUGUG